AUGAGGAGGGCAGUGCGGAUAGAGAGCCUGGCAGCGGAUGCACACGUGCAUGUGACAGGUGUGCAGUCGCUGAUGGGCAUGGAGGGCACGUGGCAGCUCCUCGUGUCGCCAGCUGGCGGCCGAUUCGUGGAGUCGUUUGUCGGGCGGCACAUCUGGAGCGUGUCGGGAUUCGCCGGCCAAUCAGACGCCAGCGAAUCUGAUACCAAAUCUAGUGUUUUGUCAAGUAGCACAACCGAUAUCAUAUCUGGCAGCUCAUCAGAUAGCUCAUCGGAUAGGUUCUCAGACGCUACAUCUGAUAGCUUAUUAGAUGAUGACAAAUUUGAAGAUCCAGUUUGCCGCCCGGAGAUCCAAUCUACGGUGUGGGACGUGGAUACUGCCGGGCGGGUAUCUUCGUUGGAUCUGACUUUUGAGUCGACUCAAAAGUCAGUCCAAUCUACGGUGUGGGACGUGGACACUGCCGGGCGGGUAUCUUCGUUGGAUCUGGACGACCACGAGGUGUAUCUGCUAUCCGUGUGGCUGCGCUCGUCUCUUUGGCUGCUGCCGCGCGUCGCCAGCUCAGCACUUAAAAUAAGAGCAGUGGGCGGCGAGGAGGAGAUAGGAGAGGAGAAGGGUGAGGGGAGAGCAGGAUUGGACGAAGGCUCAGCACUUGAAAUAAGAGCAGUGGGCGGCGAAGGGGAGAUAGGGGAAGGAGGAUCGGCUGUUGGCAUUCCGAAUGGCAUGCGGAUGGAGAUUGAUGCACACGUGGCAGCUGAUGAUAGGGAGAUCUUGGCGAUCAACCUGAUUGGCCGAGAGGUCAUCAUGUAUGUGGCGGUGCAUCGCUCUGAUUGGCUGCCAAGAGUGGCAGUGGUAAAGGCUUAUGGGGCGUUAGAGACAUUCACCUUCACCCAAUGGGCGCCUGUAGCGCACAACUGCCCGUUCCUGCUGCCCACUACAGUGCACCGGUCAACGUCAGCAGGCGCGCAGCAAUCUUUUACAGCUGCCCGAACACCCUUGCUGCCGUCCGGCCCAGCCCAUAUCCUGCUGCAAGAGAAGGAAGCUUCCGAUUCUGAAUCCAAGGAAGCUUCCGAAUCCAAGGAAGCUUCUGAGGAACCUUCGCCCUUCUCGUUUUCAUACGACAUGCCGCGGUCCCAAACCGUCCCGAGCCCGCUGAGCUGCUUCCCAGAAGCUUCCUUUGAUGAGAGUGCGCCUGCAGAGGUGGAGCUGUUUCAGUCCAACAGCGGGCAUCUGCUGGUGCGACCACGGAUCAACGGCCAGGAUGUGGGCUACUUCAUUCUGGAUUCAGGCGCAAGCUGCUUCACCAUUGAACCGUCUGUCGCGGACGGGCUAGGCCUAUCCAGCUUUGGAUGCGUGCACACAGUGACAGUGCACGGGCCGGCAGAGUGCGCGUUCAGACGCGGAGACUCGGUGCAGCUAGGACCUCUGUCAAUCGCCAACGCUCUCUUUGUUGAUGUGGGGGGAGCAGCGUUGGUGCAGGGAGUGAAACCAGUGGUGGGGAUAUGCGGCUAUGACGUAUUUCGACAUGCCGUCGUGCAUGUGCAGGCACGCGGCAGGAAGGGAACUCUCCGGCUGUACAAACCUCAAGAAUCCCCCGUUCCAUUCGAAACAAGCACCAGUGCAAGAGCCAGCAGCAGUGCAAGAGCCGGCAGCCGCAGAGAGGAUGACACAGAGGAAUCUGGUUCCACAGAGGAAGCAGAGAGUUCUGAAACAGGGGUGGUGCAAUCCGCAGCACCUGCUCCUGUGCCACCUGGGGUUGCCACGGCACAAAGACGGGGAAGAGGAGGAGGGGCGAGAGGGGGAGGAGGGGCAGGGGGAAGGGCAGGGGGAGGGGCGGCGGUGGUGUCUGCUGCUCUGGUUGGAGGUCACCCCUCUGUGCCUGAUCUUGGGGAAAACAUCUAUUGGGAGCCGCUGCGCAUGCUGGGAAGCGUGCCUCACAUCGCCAUCUCCUUCCAAGAGCACUGGGACUCGCCGCCCCUCUCGGGCCUCUUCCUUCUCGACACGGGAGCAGCAGGGGUGGACAUAAUCUUCAACGCGCGGGCAGUGGAGCGGUGCCAGCUGGGGAGGAGGGCUAAAGGGGGAGACAGCUGGCUCAAAGGCAUGGGCGGAGCAGGGGGAGGGGGAGGAGGACAGCAAAUGACGGUACGGCAAGGCAACUUAGCAGUGGUGACAGUAGCAGGGCAGCAGCUCAAGAACGUGUCAGCGCUGUUCUCCACAGCAGAGCAGGGAGCCUUGGAGUUGUCGCAGUACACUAGCGGGUUGAUAUGCCGUAACUUACUCUCCAAGUUUGACCUUAUAAUUGACUACCCUGGGCUUCGGGUCGGCCUCAUUCCUCGCUCUACCCGCAUGUCCAAGCUGUAG